UGCUUUGCAUCUCCACCUGUAAAACGCCAGCAACCAUUGUUCAGAGCGUCUCGCUAUGCAUUGGCUCUAUCCAGAUUCCCGAAAAGUCAGCAGUAGGGCUAGGGGCUGUCCAAGUAUUCACAGACGGGAUCAUGGCCUCCUCAGCACUGAAUUGCACACCUUUUAUGUUGUGUGUUAUUUAUUGUGCGUUACUUUUUGGUAAUAUAUUUUGCAACGCUGAUUUAGAAGAAGAUGAACAUGCCAAGCAUACGUAUACGGUGGAUAUGUUCAAUGAUGCUGUCCCCACAGCUCCUCACUUUGUCAUGUUCUUCGCCCCAUGGUGUGGUCACUGCCAGAGCCUACAAGGGACAUGGAAUGAGAUGGCGGACAAAUACAACAGCAUGGAGUCGCCACCCGCCUACGUUGUAAAGGUUGACUGCACUCAGGACGUCAAGUUCUGCUCCAACGUCCAUGGAAUCAGGGGGUACCCCACGUUGAUGCUGUUCAAGCCCGAGCAGGAGGCGAUGAAGUACCAAGGCUCCAGGGACCUGCAGUCUCUGGAGACCUGGAUGCUCAACACUGUGCAGGAGGAGCCUGUGGAGCCAGAGACUGAGCUGGAGCCUCCCAAAGCCCCAGAGCCAAAGCAGGGCCUGUAUGACAUCACCGCCAGCAACUUCAAGGCCCACAUCUCUAAAGGGUCCCACUUUGUCAAGUUCUUUGCCCCCUGGUGUGGUCACUGCAAGGCCAUGGCCCCCACCUGGGAGCAGCUGGCCACCAGCUUCGAGCACUCAGACAACAUCAAGAUCGGCAAGGUGGACUGUACCCAGCACUACGAGGUGUGCUCUGAGAACGCUGUGCGUGGCUACCCCACCCUGCUCUUCUUCAAGGACGGAGAGAAGGCGGAUCAGUACAGAGGCAAGCGGGACCUGGAAUCUCUGAAGGACUUUGUAGACAACCAGGUUAAGGCUGCUACUAAGGAGGAUGACGUGCACCCACAUGCUAACGAGAUCCCAGUACCCAGCGCCGAACCUGCCAAAGAGGAGGUGUGUGUGUUUGACUGUUUCUCUCAGUCUGGCGUUAUUACACUCACAGAGAGCAACUUUGACGAGACCGUGGCCAAGGGGCUGACGUUCAUCAAGUUCUACGCUCCAUGGUGUGGCCACUGUAAGAAUCUGGCCCCUGCAUGGGAGGACCUGUCCAAGAAGGAGUUCCCUGGCCUGACUGACGUGAAGAUUGGCAAAGUGGACUGCACAGUGGAAAGGACGAUCUGCAACAGGUUUUCAGUACGUGGGUACCCCACCCUGCUGUUGUUCAGAGCUGGUGCUCAAGGUGAGGAGCAUCACGGAGGGCGGGACUUGGAGAACCUGCACAGUUUUGUGAUGAAGCAGGCCCGAGACGAGCUGUAGCAUUGUCCAAACAACAUCCACCGUUACUUCUCUCCUCCACCCAACACAGAAUAUCUGGCCAAUGGGAGGAGUCCUCUCUCCCACAACGGCCAGCUCUUAUCUCCCAUCGUUUUCCUUUCAGAAAGGAGUAGCGUCAACGCACUGCUUUUUAACCCCCUCUGUAAUGUCUCAUGAGCGAAGCCAGUCUGAUUCUAUAAUAAUCCAAUAGUUUGUGUGAAAUGUGACUAUAUUUUGUUUGGGCUGCCCAAACUGUUCCUCUGGAGAGCAUUGGCUGGCUCUGCAAACCACUUUUUGCCAGCGGUACUUAAAUCGGCCAAACCUUAAAAUGCAUACCGCCAUAGUCAUCCCAACACUUGACAACUCAAGCAGAGUCGUCUUAAAUAGUGACUGCUGGUUGUAUCAAACGUUGGAUUAAUGCUGACUGAGUUUGUCUGAAAUKUUAUAGAUAUAAAAUGUGUUAAUGUUCAUUUGGUGAUUUAAGAAAAUCAUGUUGACGAACAAUCAUGAGCCGUUGAUGUAAUGUUACUGUUGCACAGAGGUCAAAGCCACGUUGAUUGUUAAGUUGACGGUACUUUUGAUCCAUGCCAGUGACGGCCUAACUAACUUAACUCUCAGGGACCCCCAGUUGGAGUUCUUGGCCUAUGCCAUACUGCAAUCUCUUAUCGGCUAUCAAACUGCUUUUUGGCUAUGACAGG